AUGAGUUUUCUUAGGAGGGAUAAAUCAAAGGCCAAUUUAAGAGAUGGAAUUUCAACAUCAUCAUCAUCUGCUGGUUUAGAUGAGCCACCGAUUUCCCCAAACACCCAUUUCCCAUCGGUAUUGCCUUCGUUUGAUGGCCAUUUACAUCAUCAUGGAACCAAUAAUCCAGAUCACGGCUAUCAUGAUCCGGACUCUCCCCGCUCAUCCGUUAUUUCAUUACCUCAACUUAUGCACAAUGCCACACCAAACCAUCUUAAGGAAAACUACAAGGGGUUCCAUGCCAAUAAACGUCCAAAAGGAAUUGGGAAUGUACCUCCAUUAGCACAGCCAAUCAAACCAAGAUUCAAGAGAAAGAGCAAUUCAUUGUUAAAUAAAAUCAUGAAUUCGGGUAAAAGAGAAGAAGACGGUAAAGAACUGGCAAGUAAUUCCCGUUCAAGUUCCAUCAUCCCGGAAGAAAAAAGAAGAAGUGCCAGUCUGAUUUCAUCUUCUAGUUCAAAACACAAGUUUAGAUUCUCCUCAUUUGACAGCAACUUGUCCUCCACUUCAACUACACCACCAAGAGAGAAGGAUAAGGAAAAACAACUGCUGAUUUCGGAGGCGAGCGACACAACCUCGAUCCAUUCAUCAACUGUACCAGCAAUAUCACUUGAUCUUAAUAUGGAUGAAAUCCAGGAUAUUGUGAAAACACCACCACAACAACAGCAACAAGACACUUUAUCUACAGUGAAAACAAACACCAGUGUGACCAAUAUCAAAAACUGGCAAGCCCCUGAUAGUUGGGAUGUGAAGGCAGUUUCUAAAAUGGAAGAGCACCAUGCAGCUCAAUCACCACAACCUCCAGUGGCAAACAAAAUUGAAGAAAUUGACACCGAUGAUGCCGAACAAGAACUUGGCACUAAAAGACAACCAAUGCUUUAUGGUACACACCAAGUUCCACACAUUGCCAAUUCAUUGGAUACUAAAUCCAGUCAUAUCAUUCGUGUCUUCAAAGAAGACAAUACAUUUACUACUGUCUUGUGUCCAUUGGAAACAACCACCAGUGAACUUUUAGCCAUUGUACAAAAGAAAUUCUUCCUUGAAUCAACAGCCAACUUCCAAAUCUCUGUUUACAUUGGGAACUGUAUAAAAGUAUUGGAAGACUUUGAAAAACCACUCAAAAUUCAAAUGGGAUUGCUCUUGUUAAGUGGAUAUACCGAGGAUGACAAGUUGAGAAUGCUUGGGCGAGAAGAUUUGUCGUUUGUAUGUAAAUUUGUUGUGGAAAACAUAUUCUUGAGAAGUCUUACCCAUGACGAAGAAGUAUUGUUAUCGAGAAACUACGUUGAUGUCAACAUCUCCUCGUUGAAUUUGAAAAAUAUCCCUAUUAUAUUCCACCAGCACACAUAUGAAAUCGAAAAGUUAAAUGUGUCAAAUAACCCAUCAAUCUAUUUGCCAUUGGAUUUCAUUCAGAAUUGUACAAAUCUAGCAUACGUUGACUUUUCACAUAAUGGUUGCUCCAAAUUUCCCAUGAAUUUAUUGGAAGCUCCACAAUUGACUCACGUAAAUUUGGAAAUGAACUUUUUGGAUGAUAUCCCCACUAGUUUCAAUACUUUAACCAAUUUGACACACUUGAAGUUGAACUCAAACCAGUUAUCAGCACUUCCAGAAUCGUUUGGCACAUUGCUGAAUUUGAAGGUACUCAAUCUUUCGUCCAACUAUUUCCAAACAUAUCCAGAACCAGUAAACAAGUUGGUCAACUUGAUUGAUUUGGACCUCUCCUACAAUGAUUUAGCAGAUAUCCCAGAGUCCAUCACCAACUUACAAAGCUUGCAAAAAUUAAACUUGUGUACAAACGUAUUGUCGGGGUCGUUGCCAGAAUAUUUGUCCCAGUUGGUUUCAUUAAAGCGUUUGGAUAUCAGAUAUAACUACAUCUCCAAUGUGGGUGUUCUUGGGAAAAUUCCUAACCUCGAAGUUGCCUAUGCAUCCAAAAAUAAAAUAUCCACAUUCAACGACCAAAUGAAAUGUUUGAGGUUACUACACUUUGACAGAAAUCCGAUUACCGAACUUAAGUUUAACAAUGAAAUGGAAAUGUUGACGGUGUUGGAUUUAUCUCUAGCAAAAAUCACCGGUAUUCCACCGGAGUUUAUAGACAAAAUCCCGAGUAUUGAGAAAUUGGUACUUGAUAAGAAUCAUUUGGUCACAUUACCUAAUGAGCUUAGUAAAUUGUCCAAGUUGUCGUCCUUAUCUAUAUAUUCCAAUAAUUUGCAGAAUUUGCCAAGUGGUAUUGGUGAACUUAAACACUUGAAGUUCUUGGACUUGCACAGCAACAACUUGAAGUCAUUACCUGAUCAAAUUUGGGAGUUGCGCUCACUAUCCCUGUUGAAUGUCGCAUCGAAUAUUUUGACAUCGUUCCCAAAGGCCCCAUUCUCCGUGGUGAAAAAAUUAUCAUCAUCUACAGAUUUACGUGGUGAACUCACGCAGACUUCAUCGUUGGCUGAUAGUUUACACUCAUUGAUUUUGUCUGACAACAGACUUGGUGACGAAUGUUUUGAUGAAAUUUCCUUCUUGGUUGGAUUGAAAACAUUAAAUCUUUCCUACAACGACUUGAUUGAAAUACCACAGGGUUGCAUCUGUCGUUUGACCAGACUUAACGAGUUGUACUUGUCGGGUAAUGAAUUGUCCACGUUGCCGGGAGAAGACUUGGAGGCACUUAAAUCCUUGAAAUUAUUAUACUUGAACAACAACAAGUUGGUCACACUCCCAGCUGAGUUGAGCAAACUUGCUAAUUUGCAGCAUCUUGAUGUGAGUUCAAACCAAUUGAAAUAUAACAUAGCAAACUGGCCAUAUGACUGGAAUUGGCACUGGAAUAAAAACUUAAGAUACUUGAAUUUUUCAGGAAACAAACGAUUUGAAAUCAAACAGAGUCAUAUCAAGAACCCAGAAACAGGUGAGGACUUUGACAGUUUGUUGGUAUUGAAACAGUUGAAAGUGUUGGGGUUGAUUGAUGUUACAUUGACUACAACCAAUGUUCCUGAACAAUCCAUUGAUUUGAGAUUACGUACCACCGCUUCUGAGUUUGACAAUUUUGGUUAUGGUGUAAGUGAUUCUUUGGGUAUGAGAGAUCAUGUUUCCACUCGUGAUUUGUUUGUCCAAAAAUUCAGAGGUAAUGAAAACGAGGUGUUGCUUUGUUCGUUUGAUGGUAAACAUGGAGCACCAAACCAGGGUCACAGAAUUUCGUUGGUUUCCAAGAACAUUUUCGUGAACAAUUUCACCAAGGAGUUAGAUGAAAUUAAAAGUGAUGAUGAAAUUGAGAAUGCAUUGAGAAAGGCGUUUUUGGCAUUCAACAAGGAAAUAAACGGUAUUUUAAGUUCAAAGAAGAACAACGCAUUCACACCAAUUCCAAAGAUCUCAAAGGAAUCACUCGACUUGAACUUGGCUGAUGAUGCGAAUGCUGGUUGUGCAGUAUCGGUUAUUUAUAUCAAAGACAAGGUGAUGUAUUCAGCAAAUAUUGGUGACAUUGAAGCAUUGCUUUGUAGAAGCAAUGGAGAUCAAUUCUUGCUCACUACCAAGCACCAACCAACCACACGUGAGGAGUUUGAAAGAAUUCGUGCUUCUGGUGGUUAUGUCUCUGGCCAAGGGGAAUUGGACGAUGAGUUGGCAAUUUCCCGUGGUGUUGGUUUUUUCAACUUUUUGCCACAUACAAACUGUGCCCCAUCAAUCAACAAGUUCAAAAUUACUGUUGAAGACGAUCUUAUCAUCUUGGCCAGUAAAGAGUUGUGGGAUUACAUCUCUUACGAAUCGGCGGUUGAUAUCAUUCGUAAGGAUAAGAACGACCCAAUGGUUGCUGCUCAAAAGUUGCGUGAUUUUGCCAUUUGUUAUGGUUCUUCAGACAAGAUUGCGGUUAUUGUGUUGACGUUUGGAAACAGACAAAAAGAAGUUGCCACGAUGUUCUCCAACUAUGGUGUUGAUCGUAGAAGAAGGGAUAAACAACAGCUUGCUGGUGGUGAUUCUAAUCUUCGUAAGUUGGAACAAGAAAUCGAGCCCCCAAUUGGUUCACUUGCGUUGGUGUUUACCGAUAUCAAAAACUCGACAUUGUUGUGGGACUCAUAUCCUGCACCAAUGAGAUCGGCUAUCAAGAUCCAUAACAACAUUAUGCGUCGUCAAUUACGUAUUUCUGGUGGUUAUGAAGUAAAAACAGAAGGUGACGCCUUUAUGGUUGCGUUCCCAUCUCCAACUUCUGCUUUAUUGUGGUGCUUCCUGGUUCAACAAAACUUGGUGUCUGCUGACUGGCCAUCUGAAAUUCUUGAAACUGAUCAAUGCUGUACCGUUACAGAUGCCGAUAAUAAUGAGAUCUAUAGGGGGUUGUCUGUUCGUAUGGGGAUCCACUGGGGUUCACCGGUCUGUGAGCCAGAUGUCAUCACUGGACGUAUGGACUAUUUUGGUCCUAUGGUCAAUCGUGCUUCACGUAUUAGUUCUGUCGCAGACGGGGGCCAGAUUGCUGUCAGUUCAGAUUUCUUGGAUCAAAUGAAGAGCUUGACUACUAAGCAUAACAAUAUCAAAAACAAUGUGGAAUCGGUAACUGAAGCUUAUGAAGGUAACCCUGCUGCGGGGGCUUUGAUAGAAAGAGAAUUGAACGCAUUGGAAGAACUUGGAUGUAAUUAUUACAACAUCGGGGAACGCAAGUUGAAAGGUUUGGAAACUCCUGAACCAAUAACGUUGGUAUAUACAAACAGAUUGAAAUUGAGAUACGAAAUAUUCAAGAAGAGGUUUGAUGAAACUCAUAGUACAAGAAUUGUGGGAACAUUGCCAGUGGAGAUUAUUUAUGGUUUGAGAACUGUUUCCUUGCGUUUGGAAAAUGUAUGUUCUGCUAUCAAUAGUGGUGGUAAAUGUGCACAAGAAAGCUUUGAAACCCACUCUUCGGGAUUCAUUUCUCAAAAGAUGAGUUCCACAUUCAAGGAUGCUGACUUGAUUUCAUUGUUGAACCAUAUCACAACCAGAAUUGAAAGUUGUACAGCAACCUUGGGAUUGCGUCAACAAAUGAGUGUGCAUAAAGGAAACCACGGAUAUAUUGACACAAUGAAUUCGUGCUCCAUAAGUGAACUUGUGGAUGAGAUCAAUGACAUUUUAAAAACAUUUAAUGAGUUAAGUAGAUAA